AGCAAGAUCAUCUGUCUUUCACAUCACUAUAGAUGUCCAGAGAUGGAUGAGAUUGAAGAAAUGGAAGCUGCACAGCAUGAGGAGCCCACGAUAGAGGAUUUCGAGAUAUUGAAGCCCAUCAGUCGCGGGGCAUUCGGGAAGGUCUUCUUGGGCUGCAAGAAAGGUCACCCGGAGCAUCUGUUCGCCAUAAAAACUGUGAAGAAGUCCGAGAUGAUCAACAAGAACAUGGUGGAGCAGGUGGUCACAGAACGGGAUGCGUUGGCCCUCCAGAGGAGUCCGUUCUGCGUCCAGAUCUUCUACUCCUUGCAGUCAGCAAACAACAUCUAUCUGGUGAUGGAGUACUUGAUUGGCGGAGACCUGAAAUCGCUGCUGGCCAUGUACGGCUACUUCGAGGAGCGGAUGGCCGCUUUCUACGUGGCCGAGGUGGCGCUGGCUCUGGACUACCUGCACACCCACGGGAUCACUCACCGGGACAUCAAGCCGGACAACAUGCUGCUGACGGCGCAGGGCCACGUCAAGCUGACCGACUUCGGCCUCAGCAAGAUCAACGCUCACCGCGAGAUCUCAGUGACGGACCUGCUGCGAGCCACGCCCACUGUCGUGCGCAGCAGCCUGCUGCGCACGCCCGGCCAGCUGCUGUCGCUCACUUCGCACCUCUCUUUCAACUCGGACGGCAGCCCGAUGGAGCUGGCCGGCUCGCUGAGCUGCGCCGACUCGGCGCUGGAGGCGGGCGGCUCGUACACCAAGUUCAUCGUUCAAAAAUGCGCACGCCUCGGCUCGCCCAUGGAUGUGUCGUUCGAGAGGGUCUGCCGCAGCACGCCCGCCACGCCGGCUCCGGUGACGCCGCGCACUCCGUUCCGCACGCCCAAGUCGGUGCUGCGCGGCCGGCUCCGCUCAGAGGAGACCCGCAUCAUCGGCACGCCCGACUACCUGGCGCCCGAGCUGCUGCUGCGACUCGGACAUGGUCCCCCGGUCGACUGGUGGGCGCUGGGCGUCUGUCUGUUCGAGUUUGUGACGGGCAUCCCGCCAUUUAACGACGAAACGCCGGAGGCCGUCUUCCAGAAUAUCCUCAAGAGAGACAUUCCUUGGCCGGACGCCGGCGAGGCGCUCUCGGCCGCGGCCGUCUCGGCCGUGGACGAGCUGCUGUGCUUCGAGCCGGCGGCGCGGCCGGCGCUGGCGCGCGUCCGGCAGAUGGCCCUGCUGACGCCGCUCGACUGGGACCGGCUGCUCGAAGGCCCCGGUCCGUUCGUGCCCAGCCCCGACGACGCCACCGACACCACCUACUUCGACCCGCGGAAUAACCUCCAACACCUCACGGUGUCUAACUUUGACGUGUAGAACACCGGGUGUGGGGGCUCCUCGGUUCGCUGCAGGGGCACAACUCGUCCGGCACCUUGUGCGUCGAUUUCUGCGAAUUGUGUGGCGUUCGCCUGAUUGAUGGCGCGUGUUCUGCGCAGAGUUUUAUACGCCUCGCCCGCUACGCAAUUGCUUAACGAUGUCUCUGUGAUGUGGUAACAGCGUCGGCAGCCGACCUGCGGCUGUUCUCCCGGCGCGGGGCGAGUGCGUCGUUCAUAAUGCAAGCCUCCUGUCAGAGCCCAUCGUGACUGGUUGAUCCGUGCCGAAGGGCGCCUUAAGCUGGCGGUGUGGAGUACGGGGCAAAUCCGUGCGGCGCGCGCUGUCCCCGGCGUAUGUCUUUAGUCAAGCGGAUGUUUGGGGGUCAGCCGGGCGCAACAACUCUUACGAAUGUAUGCGGGUCAUGCGCGAGAUUGACAUUAAUCCGGCUUGCUGGGCCCCGCGGUUUUAAUUUUUAUAGCUGUAUUGCAUAUGUGAUGCUGGAGAUCAGCUUGGUUUGUGUGUCACUGCCAAAGGGUCACUUGAA